AUGUCUGUGGCCCUGCAUUCAUGGCAACAAGUUGGCACCACAUUCCUCCUAAACGCCACGGCUUUGCUCCUGCGGGGUGGCAUCGCAUUUGUUAAAACUCGGGUCUCACUUGCAGGUGAAUGGACCUCGUGGUUUAAUGUGGACCAUCCUGGAGGCGAGGGGGAUUUUGAGACGCUGGAGGCCAUCCGGUUCUACUACCGGGAGCGGGUCUGCGCCCAGCCCACGGCUAUCCAAGCGCGGACCACUGAAUGGGAACUGCCUGAAGAGGUGUCCGAAGUAGUGCGCUACAGCCCCCAGGAAGGCUUCCGUUGCCUCAACAAGGACCAGCCGGGGGGCAAAAGCUGCUCUAACUACCAUGUCCGAUUCCUCUGUCCCCCAGAUCCCAUGGACUGGUUGGGCUGGUCAGAGUGGUCGUCCUGGAGUGCCUGUCCACGAACAGCAUGUGGCAUCAGUGGCGUCCAGAGCAGGCACCGAACCUGCUUGAAUCGGUCUGUGCUGGCAACAAGGAAAUUCCCAAAGUGCUCAGGGAAAUCAAUGGAACGCCGGAGCUGCAAUGCCUGCAAAGACCCCAAGUGGAGCACCUGGGGGCCGUGGAGUCACUGCUCCAAAACGUGUGGUGGUGACGGAAACCGAGUGCGACGCCGAAGCUGCACAAAAUCCAAGCUGCUGCGCUGUGUUGGGCGCCCCGUGGAGACGCAGAAAUGCCCCCAGCUACCCUGCCCAGCUUGCCAGCUCAGCUGUGACGUGGGUCUCCCCAACGAAGACUGCAGCAGCUGCACCUGCUCCAACCACACACUCUUUGGGACCGUGCGGAGUACGGAAGGGAGGGCUCUCACCAAUGCCCGGAUAUCUCUCGCGGAGCGGCCGCUGGCCCUGCUGGCCCGAAGCAACCCGCGGGGGCAAUUCACGGUCCGUGGCCUCUGCAUCAGAAGCGGCACCAACAUAAGUGCAUCACUCGAGCGCUUUGCCCAAGGGAGCGCCUCCAUUGUCACCAACGACUCGCGGGCAUCCCUGGUGGACAUCGUGCUCCACAGACUUGAGAAACCCUACCUGGUGGCCCACCCUGAAUCCAAAAUGAGGACGGUUGGACAAAAAGUGCAGCUUUGCUGCAGCGCUGGGGGCACCCCUGAGCCAAAAAAAUAUUACUGGUAUCACAAUGGAACGCUCCUGAACCGGAAGGUAUACAAGUAUAACAGCAGUUUAGUGCUGCGUGACUUGCAGGCACGUCAGUCUGGCGCGUACCACUGCAAAGCCAGCAAUGACCACGGCUCUAUCAAAUCCUCCAUCGCCCACUUGACAGUGAGAGACCCAGGGGCUCCAGCCUGUAUGGCCCAGCCGGAAGAAUACCUUAUCAAACUCCCUGAUGAGUGUCUGCAAGACGAAACUGGUUCCUACUUCUACAACGUUGGCCACUGUCCCAGUGCCCCCUGUGCCGGGGUUUUUGCAGAUGGCCUACAGUGCCAAGACACUGUGGAGCACUGCUGUGGAACGCGUCGCAUGGAAGUACGGGAGGUCCACUGCACAGGCUACAUUCUGCCCAUCAAGGUGGUCACCGAAUGUGGGUGUACCUCUUGUACCCAGCCCAAAGUCCUGGUCCGGGGAAAAGCUUCAGCAGCUGAUGACAACGAACCCUUGCGUUUCGGUGAGAUCUAUCUGGGUGCAAAGAAGAUCGGCUUCACCGGUUACCAGGGUACUUUCACCAUUGAGGUGCCGCCUGACACGCAAAGGCUUGUGGUCAAGUUUGUGGAUCGGAUGCAGAAAUUUGUGGAUGCCAUCAAGGUCUUCCCAUUGGAUCAGCGUGGUGGGGCUGUCUACCAGGAGGUCAAACUGAUGAGGAAGAAGAAGCCUGUUUACUUGGAAGCGAUGGAGACCAACAUCAUCCCUCUGGGAGAGGUGGCUGGAGAGGACCCUGUCGCGGAGAUAGUUAUCCCUCCAGGGUCUUUCUUCAGAUCCAACGGGCAGGCAUACCAUGGGACUGUGAAGGCCAGUGUUACGUUUGUGGACCCCCGGGACCUUGCCAUGGUGAGCGCUGCCUCCAGCGACCUGAACUUCAUCAAUGCUGAAGGUGAUCUUCUUCCCCUCAGGACUUACGGCAUGUUUUCCACGGACUUCUGGGAAGAAGAAACCCGCCAAGGUUUAGAAACAGGCCGCGUGGAGGUGAAAGUGGACGCCCAGUUCAUCAAAAUGCCGGAACACGUCCAGAAGAUGAAGCUCUGGUCCCUCAACCCUGGAACCGGCCUGUGGGAGGAGGAAGCGUCCUUCAAGCUGGUGAAGGGGCGGCGCAAUAAGCGUGAAGAGAGGGCCUUUCUUAUUGGCAACCUGGAGAUCCGUGAGCGGCGCCUGUUUAACCUUGACGUCCCUGAGAACCGCCGCUGCUUUGUCAAAGUCCGAACUUACAUCAAUGAGAAGUUCAACCCCAGUGAACAGCUAGAGGGAGUUGUCAUUACUCUUAUUAACCUCGAGCCUAGGCCAGGUUAUCCAUCCAACCCUCAGGCCUGGGGCCGGUUCGACAGCGUGGUGACGGGUCCCAACGGUGCGUGCUUACCUGCCUUCUGCGAUGGUCAGCGGGCUGAUGCCUACACAGCCUACGUCACGGCAACCAUGGGAGGAGAGGAGUUGGAGGCUGUGCCAUCUAGCCCGAAGCCCGACCCCCGUGCUGUGGGGGUUUCCCAGCCUUACCUCAACAAGCUCGGCUACCGACGAACCGACCAUGAGGACCCUGCCCUCAAAAAGACGGCUUUCAAAAUCAACCUCGCCAAACCCAACCAGAACAACAUUGAUGAGACCAACGGGCCGAUUUACCCCUAUCGGAGCCUGAAGGACUGCGAAGAGGCGCCCAUCUCAGCCAACCAUUUCCGGUUCUACCGCGUCGAAGUGGAUAAGUACGAGUAUAAUGUUGUGCCUUUUAAGGAGAGCGACCUGACAACCUGGACGGGGGACUACCUGUCCUGGUGGCCCAACCCACAAGAAUUCCGGGCCUGCUAUAUCAAGGUGAAAAUCGCUGGGCCUCAUGAAUACAUGGUGCGGUCACGAAAUCUGGGUAGCAGCCAUCCAAGGACCCAAGGUCAACUUUAUGGCCUAAGGGACUCCCGUAGCGUCCAAGACCGGGAACUCCAUAACACUUCGGCGGCUUGCGUUGAAUUCAAAUGCAGCGGGAUGUUGUUUGACCAAGGAAUGGUGGACAGGACUUCAGUGUCCAUCAUCCCCCAAGGAAGUUGCCAUCGUACUGCUGUCAACAGGUACCUGAGUGAGUACCUGGGCCGCCACCCGCCUGUGGUGGAGAACAACGCCACAUCCGCUUUCGCUAUGUUGGCACCAGUGGAUCCGCUGGGUCACAACUACGGCAUCUACACCGUGACAGACCAGAACCCGCGCCUUGCCAAGGAGAUUGCCAUUGGGCGCUGCUUUGAUGGCACCUCGGAUGGAUUCUCGCGCGAGAUGAAAUCCGACAGGGGCACAGCGGUGACUUUCACCUGCCAGGAAAAGCCGGUGGGGAGAAAGAGUUUCUUCCAACGCCUGCUGGAAUCCCCAGCACAGACGCUGACGGAGAUCCGGCGUGAGAUGGGCAGCAAUGAACAACUACGGGGGCCUUCCCAAGUUGUGUCUUACCCGUCAGGGCUGCGGACCAUGUUCGCCACGCCGGCCCGUCGGACCGCCAGCCGCCGAAGGAGGGUGGGGGCUUCCCAGGUCUGACAGUGAGCCGUGCGGAAAAUCAUUUGGCCACCACCACGCUCCCCAAACCCUCUGCAGCUCCUAACGUUGAGCACAAGG